UGAUAUUCAAGCGACGUGAAGUGAGCCGGUUUAUCACUUUGUUACGUCGCUGCGUGUGUGACAGGUGGGUUUAUGGAACGUUCCAUCAAACGCUUGACGAUGACGUCGUCCGAUCGGUUCCUUCUCGUCAGAAACACUGACGUUCACAUGAAGUCACGUGAGCAGCUGAAACCACAGAAUGCUUAAAGGUGUCACAUCCAAUGCGCUGCAUCAGCAGCUUAUUGGGACAAAUCACAGCAUCACUCAUCGCCGGCCUGCGGCGUGGAGAGCGAAGCCGAACUUGAACCUGCAUCCUAACACGCAAUUCAAAUGAUAAUUCUGACUGCAUGUGCAGCUCAGCUGGCAUCAGAUGUAAAAACAGAACGUGUGUGUGUGUGUGUGUGUGUUUAAUUGGCUUUAAACGUUAUCAUGAAAACUGUUGUAAUUUUGUGUUUUGUGAAAUGAUUUGUGAUGAUGUUACGCAAUACACUACAUUUCCACAGCGGUCAUAAGAUUUUAAUCCCAUUGAUUCUCCUGAAUUUCUCGUUACAAAAGACCCAAAACCAAAGCGGCAACUUUGUUCAGCUCAGUUGUCCAAAUGUUGUUGUUUUGAAAAUGGAAGUGAUGGGACAGUUGUUGUUGUUCUGUCUCCAGGGGCCACCAAAGAGAUCGGCUCAGCGCUGACCAGGAUGUGCAUGAGACACCGCAGCAUCGAGUCCAAACUCAAACUGUUCACCACAGCUCUUUCAGAAGGCCUCGUCACUCCGCUGGAGCUGAAGAUGGAGGAGUGGAAGAAAGUGGCCAGUCAGCUGGACAAGGACCACGCCAAAGAGUACAAGAAGGCCCGAGCGGACAUCAAGAAGAAAUCGUCGGACACCAUCAAACUGCAGAAGAAGAUGAAGAAAGGGAAGGACGAGGUGCGUGGCCAGCUGGACAGCGCGCUGCAGGACGUCAACGUGCGUUACGCCGUCCUGGAGGACACGGAGAAGCGAGCCGUGUGCAGAGCGCUGAUAGAGGAAAGAGCUCGUUACUGCAGCUUCGUCAGCAUGCUGAAGCCCGUACUGGACCAUGAGAUCAACAUGCUGGGUGAGGUGACCCACCUGCAGACUAUUCUGGAAGAUCUCACCAACCUGACGGCCGAGCCAAAUAAACUCCCCCCGUCCAGCGAGCAGGUGAUUUUGGACCUGAAAGGUUCUGAUUUUAACUACAGCUACCAGACUCCUCCAGCUUCUCCCAGUAACACUCUGUCGAGGAAGAGCAGCAUCAGCAGUAACUACCAGUCUGGAUCGGUGAGACACGUCCCCUCCUUGGACUCCAUCAGUGCUGUGGAUGGAGAGCACAUCCAGCGCUGCUCCUCCCCCUAUCUGCUGAUUGGCUGCGAUGAAACCGGGCGCUCCCUCAGCGAGGGCAACUCCCCCUCUCGCCUCGGUCGCCGGGGCAGCCGCGGUUACGCCACCGGCCAUCACGCCGCGCUGAGCCGCCGCGUUAGCCGCAGGGAUAAGACCACCGAAGCCGGCGCUCAGCUCGCCAGCGGCGGAGCGGAGAACGGCCUGUUGGCUCCGCCCCAAAGCGCCUACUCGCACCGCGGAGAGCGAGCCCGAGCCAUGUCUGCGUCUGGCAAGUCUUGCUCGGCCCGCGAUCAGCUGGCGUUGACGUUGGGUGCGUUGAAUUCGGACGCCCCGAGGAGCAGCAGGGACUCUCUGCACUGCUCCAGCGGCUACAGCACUCAGACCACCACCCCGUCCUGCUCUGAGGACACCAUCCACACACACACUGUAAAGAAAGAGCCUCCCCUCUAUGUCGACUACGAGUCCAUCUCUCUUCACGGGGACGCCGACUCCUUCUCCCUGCACCACCUCUCCCACGGCGGCGGAAGCCAGUCGGACUUCGACCGGUCCUCCACCAUCCCGAGGAACUCCGACCUCAGUUUCCAGUACAGGAAGUUCGCCCAGUCCAAGCGGCCCUCCUCCACCGUCAGCCUGCUGGCCGAGCCCGACUUUAUCGGCAGGUCCGCCCACCAGCCGGCGUCGCACACCGCGACCAUCCGCCGCAAACCCUCGUCUAAGCCGGCGUACCGCCGCGGCACCAUCAGCGGGGGGGUCCCCAUCCCCAUCUGCACGCCACAGGUCCCCCUCAAAGCGCUCGCGGGGAACGCCGGCAGCGACGAGAACGUCUUCGUGGUGCCGUCUGCCGGAGGACCCGGAGGUUUGGGUUACAGCAAACUCUGCACCUCCACCCAGAGCCUCAGCGCCUUGCCCCCCCCCUCCUCCCCGUACUACCAGCUGGUCCCCGGUCAGAUGCCCAUCCCGGUGCCCUGCAGGCCGCCAGAGGGCGGCAACGCCAAACAGCAGCAACAGAGACAGUUCCACCAAACAGCAACUGCAGCAACAUCAGCACAUCAGCCAGCAGCUGAAUCAGCAGCAUCGUAACCAGCUGCAGCAGCACCACCAGCAGCAGCAGGAGA